UGCCACGAGGCCGCAGUAUAACCGCGUGGCCAGCGCGCGCGCUUCCCUCCCGGCGCGGUCACCGGCGCGGGCUAUGGCUGCGACUUCUCUCAUGUCGGCUUUGGCUGCCCGGCUGCUGCAGCCCACGCACAGCUGCUCCCUUCGCCUUCGCUCCUUCCACCUCGCGGCAGUUCGAAAUGAAGCUGUUGUCAUUUCUGGAAGGAAACUGGCCCAGCAGAUCAAGCAGGAAGUGCGGCAGGAGGUAGAAGAGUGGGUGGCCUCAGGCAACAAACGGCCACACCUGAGCGUGAUCCUGGUUGGCGAGAAUCCUGCAAGUCACUCCUACGUCCUCAACAAAACCAGGGCAGCUGCAGAUGUGGGAAUCAACAGUGAGACAAUUGUGAAACCAGCUUCAAUUUCAGAGGAAGAAUUGUUGAAUUUAAUCAAUAAACUGAAUAAUGAUGAUAAUGUAGAUGGCCUCCUUGUUCAGCUGCCUCUUCCAGAGCAUAUUGAUGAGAGAAGGAUCUGCAAUGCUGUUUCUCCAGACAAGGAUGUUGAUGGCUUUCAUGUAAUUAAUGUAGGACGAAUGUGUUUGGAUCAGUAUUCCAUGUUACCAGCUACCCCAUGGGGUGUGUGGGAAAUAAUUAAGCGAACUGGCAUUCCAACCCUAGGGAAGAAUGUGGUUGUGGCUGGAAGGUCAAAAAAUGUUGGAAUGCCCAUUGCAAUGUUACUGCACACAGAUGGGGCACAUGAACGUCCCGGAGGUGAUGCCACUGUUACAAUAUCUCAUCGAUAUACUCCCAAAGAGCAGUUGAAGAAACAUACAAUUCUUGCAGAUAUUGUAAUAUCUGCUGCAGGUAUUCCAAAUCUGAUCACAGCAGAUAUGAUUAAGGAAGGAGCAGCAGUCAUUGAUGUGGGAAUAAAUAGAGUUCACGAUCCUGUAACUGCCAAACCCAAGUUGGUUGGAGAUGUGGAUUUUGAAGGAGUCAGACAAAAAGCCGGGUAUAUCACUCCAGUUCCUGGAGGUGUUGGCCCCAUGACAGUGGCAAUGCUAAUGAAGAAUACCAUUAUUGCUGCCAAAAAGGUGCUGAGGCUUGAAGAGCGAGAAGUGCUGAAGUCUAAAGAGCUUGGGGUAGCCACUAAUUAACUAUUGUGUCUUCUGUGUUACAAACAGCACUCCAGGCCAGCUCAAGAAGCAAAGCAGGCCAAUAGAAAUGCAAUAUUUUAAAUUUAUUCUACUGAAAUGGUUUAAAAUGAUGCCUUGUAUUUAUUGAAAGCUUAAAUGGGUGGGUGUUUCUGCACAUACCUCUGCAGUACCUCACCAGGGAGCAUUCCAGUAUCAUGCAGGGUCCUGUGAUCUAGCCAGGCGCAGCCAUUAACCUAGUGAUUAAUAUGGGAGACAUUACCAUAUGGAGGAUGGAUGCUUCACUUUGUCAAGCACCUCAGUUACACAUUCGCCUUUUCUAGGACUGCAUUUCCCAAGUGCUAUUGCAAUAACAGUUGAUACUCAUUUUAGGUACCAAACCUUUUGAAUUCAACUGAUCAAACCAAAGGAAAAGUGUUGCUAGAGAAAAUUAGGGAAAAGGUGAAAAAGAAAAAAUGGUAGUAAUUGAGCAGAAAAAAAAUUAAUUUAUAUAUGUAUUGAUUGGUAACCAGAUUUAUCUAAGUAGAACUGAAUUGGCUAGGAAAAAAAACUACGUGUUAAUCAUUUUCCUAAGCUGUCUUUUUGAGGCUUAGUCAGUUAUUGGGAAAAUGUUUAGGAUUAUUCCUUGCUAUUAGUACUCAUUUUAUGUAUGUUACCCUUCAGUAAGUUCUCCCCAUUUUAAUUUUCUAGGAUUGAAAGGAUUCUUCUCUACAUUAUACAUGUGUGUUGUCAUAUUUGGCUUUUGCUAUAUACUUUAACUUCAUUGUUAAAUUUUUGUAUUGUAUAGUUUCUUUGGUGUAUCUUAAAACCAAUUUUUGAAAAACAAACUUGGCUUGAUAAUCAUUUGGGCAGCUUGGGUAAGUAUGCAACUUACUUUUCCACCAAAGAACUGUCAGCAGCUGCCUGCUUUUCUGUGAUGUAUGUACCCUGUUGACUUUUCCAGAAAUUUUUUAAGAGUUUGAGUUAAUAUUGAAUUUAAUCAGACUUUCUGAUUUUAAAGGGUUUUCUUUCUUUUUUAAUAAAACACAUCUGUCUGGUGUGGUAUGAAUUUCUGAAAUUCUGUCUUCCUAUGACUCCUAGUUGUGACCUAACCAGAGUUUUUUUCUCAUUUAAUCAGUGUAGAUAUUCCUAUAUUCAGUAACACUUCUAUAGCCUUAAAUGGAUAAUUUUUUUUUCUUUUUUUUGUAGAGAUGGGGUCUUGCUAUGUUGCCUGGGCUGGUAUUGAACUCCUGGCCUCAAGCAAUCAAUCCUCUUGCCUCAGCCUCCCAGAGGGCUGGGAUUACAGGCCUGGGCCACCCACGCCCAAACAGGUUUAAAGAGCUUUGGAGAAACCAGCCUCGUCCUCCAGUCUUUUUGUUUGUUUGUUUUGAGACUGUCUCACUCUGUUGCCCAGGCUGGAGUGCAGUGGCAUGAUCUCGGGUCACUGCAACCUCUGCCUCUCGGGUUCAAACAAUUCUUGUGCGUCAGCCUCCUGAGUAGCUGGGAUUACAGGUGCAUGCCACCAUGCCUGGCUAAUUUUUGUGUUUUUAGUAGAGAUGGGGUUUCAUCACGUUGGCCAGGCUGGUCUCAAACUCCUGACCUCAAGUGAUCCACCUGCCUCGGCCUCCCAAAAUGCUAGGAUUACAGGCGUGAGCCACUGCACCCGGCCUGUCCUAUAGUCUUAUAUCGCAACAGGUUGUGCCAAGCUAGGAGCUUAAUCUGUAAAAUACUUGAGGCAGGGAUAGGUUUGUCUGUUUCGACUUUUGGCUUUCAUGCGAGCAGAAGUAGCUCCUCCUCUAGGCAGCUUGAGGCAGAAAGAGAAAGAACAGUUGAGUUGGCUUUCCUCCGUCCUUGUUCUUCUGCCAGCUGGCGUUAUUCUUUGGAUAGUUCUCUGGAGUUUAAAGAAGUUUAGAUAGUUUGCUGGAGAUGUUUUUGUAAGUGACUUAUAGCUUAUGUCUAUAAGCCAUGCCUGCUUACCUAGAUUAUUAAACAUGCAGCAAGAUGACCAGACAGGAUUAAAUUUUAUUGAAUUACAGUUACAAGUGGAAAAAAUGACUGACUUACUGCAUGGCGAAGUAUUAUGUCAACCUGUUAAAAGCUAUGGAAAUUAAAAUGUUCAUGUAUAUACAAAAUAAAUGACAUGUAAGGUAAAAUUACAGUGAUCAAUUUACAACAAAGAAAUUAACAGUAGUUUUCCAGCUUGUUUGAUUAAUCAAGCAGGUUUACUCUUGAAUCCAUAGCAUUUCUACAAUUCAAUUUAGACAGAGUUCUAUUCCAGAUCAGCCAGGUUUUAAAACUGAAAUGUGUUAAGGGUGGAUUGUUAGCUUCCCUAGGAUUGGUGCGGAUGAUACUUUUUUUAAAAAUUGUUUAUAAGACAUGGGUUCCAGCUGUCUCCCUGGCUGGAGUGCAGUGGCAUGAUCAUAGCUCACUGCAGCCUUGAACUCCUGGGCUUAAACGAUCCUCCUGCGUCAGCCUCCGAAAUGGCUGGGACUACAGGUGUGUGCCAGCAUGCCUGGCUAAUUUUUAAACAUUUGUUUAGAGAUGGGUCUCACUAUGUUGCCCAGGCUGGUCUUGACCUCCUGACUUCUACUGGUCCCCCCAGCUCUGCCUCCCAAGUAGCGGGAUUACAGGUGUGAGCCACUGUGUCUGGCAAGAAUUUAUACUUAAGCAUAGGAGAUGGUUCUGGAUUAGCUAAGAAAUUCUGCUCUCAGUAAGAGUAGAGGUUUAGAGCUUUACCUCUUGGCAGUAUCCCUUGGAAGGGAGCUCUGAGAUGAUUAAAUGUAAUCAAACACUUAUUGAGAGCUUUCUAUGGACCAGGCACUACACUAGACUCUGGGAAUUACAGAGGCAGUUACCUGUCCUAUACUCAAGGUGUUAAUGAUCUAGUGUCAUUUUUCUUUAAAAAAGAAAGCACCUGCAUUUGUCAUCUUGAGCAAAUAUAGUAACUCUAACCUCAAGGUUCAAGGGAUUUACUCAAGGUUCAAAUCAUAGUUGUUUUGGAGAAAGUAAGUGUCAGAUGCACUGUGGCUGUCAGGGUCAUAGUAGGCAUUAAAUCAACAUGGUUGGUGUUCAUUAAAUGUGGAUUGAAGGUAAAAUGACUGAUCUUAAGUUUCAUGAGGAAUAGGUUUGCUUCAUUGAAACUGGUUUUUAUCUUCCCAAAUAGUUUUCAGUCAUUCCUUUAAAGUACUAGGUUGAUUAAUAUUGCAAAGUUGUAAUGUAAAAUGUGACAUUACCUCUGUCUAACCUGUAUUGUUCACAUGAAUGGGAGUUUGGGAAUAAACAUUGAAAAUUUGCA